AUGGCGGCGGCCAGCCCCACAAGGGCCAGGGGCAUGGCCACAGGCCCCCCUUCCCCACCCAGCCACCUGCCAGGGGAGACCUGGGACCCGGAUGGCCGCCGAGGGCUGAGGACAGAAAGUAGGGGCACCCACCCACCCCCGACUCCCUGCCUGCCAGCCGUGGACAGACGGGCCGUCAGGCCCCAGCCCUUCCCGCCCCGGGGUCAGCCGGCCGUGUGCGUUCCCCGGACAGACACUGUGAACGGACGACAACAGGCCGAGAGCAGACUCGCUAUUUAUUCAGUUGCCUCCCCCUCGGCCUCCCCCUCGUCACCAGCCAUCCCUCUGGACCAGGCAGAGGGCAGACCGGGCGGGCAGGAGCCUGGGGUGGCCCGGCCCAGCCCAAGGCCGCCAGGUGGCCGCCCAGCCAAGGACAGGGCCACCUGCCCACCUGCCAGGCCUGGGUGCAGCCAGGCUGGUGCCUCUGCUCUGGCCCCCAGACACCCUGACCUCGGCCAGUGCAGUAUGCUGGGCUCUGCACUCCUGCUGCUGGCCCUGCUCUUGGGGACCACCGCGUCACCCACUGGGCCACCUGAAGGGCCUCUGGGGAGGGCACCCUCACCCCCCAACCCCCCUGUUGAUGACAGCACCUACCUGCCCUUAGAAAGGGGAAGACGUGGCGCAGUGCGGAGCCUGGGUGAAUCCGCCACCGCAUCCCUUUUCCAAAGGUUGCGGCGGGGGCGAGAUGGUCGGGUCACUUUCCCUGAGAGCCUAAGGGGCAGCGCGGCCUCCCUUGUCAGUGUCGCCCUCCCUCCCCCCCCUCCCGCCCCGCCAGCACCCCAGUUUCCCGCAGCGCCGGGGCCCUGGCUGCGCAGACCGCUCUUCAGUCUGGAGCUGUCGGACGUGGAGGACGUCUUCCCGCGCCGCGCGGGGCCGCUCGAGGUCCCAGCGGACAGCCGCGUGUUCGUGCAGGCAGCCCUGGCCCGUCCCUCCCCGCGCUGGGGCCUGGCCCUGCACGGCUGCUCCGUGACGCCGUCAUCACGCCCGGCCCCGGGGCCAGCCCUGGCGCUGCUGCGCGGGGGCUGCCCCGCCGAAGCCUCUGUCGCCUUCCCGCCACCGCCGCCGCGCCCGGGUGCCACCAGCCCCGCGCGCUUCAGCUUCCGCCUGCGCCCGGUGUUCAACGCCUCGGUGCAGUUCCUCCACUGCCAGCUGAGCCGCUGCCGCCGCCGCCGAGGAGUCCGCCGGGCUGGGCCUCUGACGCCGCCCCCGCCAUCGCGGUGCCUGCCUCAGGAUGAGGCGUGCGUGGGCGCCAACAGUGGCAGCGGCGAGAGCCUGGGUGCUGACAACCCCCACCUGCACACGCUGACGCAGCCCAUCGUGGUCACCGUGCCGCGGCCGCCCCCCAGGCCCCCCAAGGUCGUCCCGGGCCGCGCCGCCGCGCGCCCCGAGCCGCCCGCGCCGGCCCCCGCAGCCCUGGAGCCCGCGCCGGUGGUGGCGCUGGUGUUGGCAGCUUUCGUGCUGGGCGCCGCCCUGGCCGCCGGGCUCGGCCUCGUCUGCGCGCACUCAGGUACAGACCUCGGCCACGCCGGGACCUCUGCCCAGCCCCCAGACUAUUCCUGA